GCCGCCGCUGCUCUCUCCGGGCAGUGGCCCCAAGGAGCGCCCCAUUCCCUGUCCCCACGGCGAUGGGGAGCAAGGAGCCGCCCAACUUCUCGUGGGUGUCCGUGGGGCGGCUGGCGGGGUUGGCCAUGCCGCGGGAGCCGGCGCACUACGAGUUCCUGCUGCGCCAGGGCGUGCGGCACUUGGUGUCGCUGACCGAGCGGGACCCCCCGCACCACGGCACCUGCCCCGGCAUCCGCCUGCACCGGCUCCGCGUGCCCGACUUCACCCCUCCGACGCCGGCGCAGAUCCGGACCUUCCUGCGCCUGGUUGAGGUGGCCAAUGCCCGUGGGGAGGCAGUGGCCGUGCACUGCAUGCUGGGGCACGGCCGCACCGGUACCAUGCUGGCGUGCUACGUGGCCGAGGAACGGCAGCUGGAGGGUGCCGAUGCCAUCCGGGAGAUCCGGCGCCUGCGGCCCGGCUCCAUCGAGACGUGGGAGCAGGAGGAAGCCGUGAUCCGGUUCUGCCAGCGCUGCGGGUAGGUGCUGCCAGCCCCGAGCUGCAGCUCCCAAUGCCCAGCGCUCCAAUGGGAUCUUCCCCAUCACAGCGCCGGGGAGGACAAUACGGAGCCGUGAGCGGCCGCCACGGGAGCAGCGCCCCGAAUCAUGGAAGGGUCUUUCCCAGCUUCCGAUGUCUCCUCCUGCAUUAAAGGACUCUCCUGUGGCUCCUC